GUAGAGCAGUCAGAGCAGAGCAGACACAGGUGAGACCUGAACAGAGAGGACGUCCAGUCGUCAGCAGCACUGAGACAACCUGAGGAAGAGGAAGAAGAAGCUGAACCGGCAGUGAGAUGGCUCCAACAAGAGGCUCAUUUGGACGAGGACGUGACAGGCAGGGGAGAGGACACAGAGGAAACGGCUUCCAGCCACCGAGACGGGAUCAGAUCAGGCAGAGAGCUGGGAACCAGGAAACACAAACAGCAACUGAGAGACGUCUGUUGAAGAUGGUUGUGUCGACGCUGCAGCCCUUGGUAAUCACACAAGAUGCUAACUUUCAGAGUUUCGUUAAAGCACUGGACCCCUGUCUUCAAAUUCCCACCACAUCUGUGAUCCGCUCGCAGCUGCUCAGCUUCUACCAAGAAAAAACAAACAGGUUGCGAUUGAUCUUGGCCUCCGCUGACCACGUUGUGCUAACAUGCGAGCUGUGGGCCUCCGGAGCUGAAGACUCCUGUCUGACCGUGGGUUGCCAUUUUGUGAACAAGUAUGGGAACCUCGAGUCUUACAUGCUCCAAACUACCAGCCUGUUCGGAGACGAUUCUGCAGCCAACAUUCAGAAUCAGCUCUCAGCCGUCAUGGCGGCGUGGGGCAUCGAAGAAAAGGUCCACACUGUGAUCAGAGCUGGGAUGCCACAACUGAAAACAGUUAAAACCAAAUGGACACACAUGCCUUGUUUUGCUGACACCUUGAAUGUGUUAUUUAAGGAUCUGAUGAGUGACGAGGAGCUGUCGAAUGUUCUCACAAAGUGUCAGAGGAUCGUCAGGUUCUUUACGUAUGAUGCUGAGGCUGAGAAGAUGCUCAGAGAGAUUCAGAAGAAGCUGAAAGUGACACAGGAUGAGCUGAUCGUGUACUCUGGGGACCGAUGGCUUCCCUGGUUGCAAAUGCUUCAACGACUGAAUGAGCAGUACAAAGCCAUGGUGAUGGUGCUUGAUGGCAGAGGCAAGACAGAUUUAAUUCUGAAUGAAAGCGAUAAAGAGAAAAUCAGGAACAUCAUCUCAGCUCUGAAACCCUUGAAGGAAGCAGCGUCCACAAUGGAAAAGGGGUUUGAGACCAUUUCGGCCAUGCUGCCACUGCUGAAGAAACUCAUGAACAAUCUCAGAGAGGAAGAAAAGAAAAAGAAUCUUGUGGCGCAGACACUGUUGUCAAAAUGUGAAAAGAAAUUUGGUGACGUAAACAACCACGUACUGGCUCCCAUCACGUUCCUCGAUCCAAGAUUCAAAAACCAGCUGGGAGAGCAAAACAAAAAACAAGCGAUGACGAAGAUCAUGAAGGAUCUCGCUGCAGGUCCCGCCUCCUCCUCUGCUCCUUAUCUGAGGGCUGUGCUGGACAGGUACAUGGACCAUGAGUCCACUUCAGAGACGUCAAACCCUUUGUCCUGGUGGAGGCACACAGGAAAGCAGCAUUACAGUGAACUAAGCCAGCUCGCUCUGAAGAAACUUGGGGUCGUCUCUACCGCUGUUCCCCUGGAGAGAGCUUUCUCUGAUGAAGGUGAUCGAUUCUGUAAACUUAGGAGCUCCAUCGAGCCCGAAAACCUCAACAUGAUCCUGUUCCUCAACAGCAACUGGUCCACAAUAUCUUAGAUACAAAUCUGUUGAUCUCUGCACAGAUGAAAACACACAGACCCAACUGAACUCACCCCAGCAAGCCAAGUGACGCCCGGUUAACGUCGUGUUGACGUCAUUCGGUGAUGUUCCAGACUCGUCUAAAUCACGGCCAAAUAGGCGACGUUUUAGACGUCAUUUCCAGGACGUCCUCACCAAGACGUCACCUCGACGGCUUUUUAAUGACCCUAAAUGACCACAUAACCGUCCAAUUUAUGUCGUUGAGAGAACGUCUUGGUGACCACGUCCUGGAAAUGACAUUCAAAUGUCCUCCUAUAGAGGGAAUCGCCUUGUUGUUUACAAAUACUUAUGGGUAGAAAACCAGCAGAGUUUUUAUAUAUAUAUAUAUAUAAAUAUGCAGGGGUGGGUAGUAACGCGUUACAAGUAACGCACGUGAGUAAAAAAGUAGUUUUUUUGAGGAACGAGUACUUUUUAAGUUCCUUUUUUAAAACUGUACUUCUACUCUUACUCAAGUAUAUUUUUGAGCCAGUAAUCUACUUUUUACUUCACUACAUUUGCCAUUUACCUUCGUUACAACUACUGUAUAUAGUCCCUCGGUGGCAAAUAGCCGCGUGAGUAAAAGCGCGCACAGUCCGUGUCCUCUCACCGCGGAUGCUGUGAUUUGAUGGUCCGGUACUCACUGUAGCCCACUCUUAUCAGACCCAAUAAUAAUAAGUUACUGUGGGCCUAUAUGCCAUGCCUUUUAAUAAAAUUACCAGAGGAGUUCACUGAAAAGCAGAUAAUGUCUGAAUUACUCGCGUGCGUCCCCGGUGAAAAUCACUGACAUGCAUGGGGAAUACAGCUUCUACAGGCUCGCCAUAGCUCACUGUCAGGACUCAGGGACCAGAAUUCUUCGGGAUGGCGAUAUUUCGGUGUGGCGGCCUGUAACUGUUGGAUAAAUGGCCCGUUCGGAUAACUGGGGCUUUACUGGUAUAAUGCAAUAGCACCACCCAGCGGUGAAACCCGUGUACACGAAAAAAAUGACCAGAGCCAAGUUGAAAUGAAGAGCUUCUUUUUGUUUGAAAAGAGCCAACUAAGUUAGCAUGUUAGAGAUUUAUGCACAUAUAAUCCCAGUUUAGGACAUAUUUCUUACAAAACAAGGGAGAGAUGGGAUUUUCUUUUUGUUACUGAUACGGUCAUUUGUAAAAUAGUUCACCUGACACCUGGUGAUCUGGCAGGAAAGUCCUACAGGGACCUGUUAAACCUUUACAAACACAUUUUGGCAACAUGUGAAGCUGGAACUUGGGAACAUUAUAGUACUAUUGUUUACCAUAUAUUGUUUCUUAAUUAUUUUAUUGGAUUUUAUUUAUUUUGUUAACAGCGAAAAAGACGUAGAAAAGACAAAUUAGUUGGGAUGUCAUUUCUGUUUUUAAAGCAAGGUCAUCCACUCAAAUUACAGAUAGGGAAAUGGAGAAAGAAGAGGUUAGGUGAGGAAAAGAGGGGCAGAGUGAAGGAGAUGGAGAGAGGAAGAUCGGUACCCGCUUCAUUAAAAAAAAGUUUGAUCAACAAGUGCUGUUUUUUCAUUAUUUUGCAGCACCCUAAAAAAUAUUCAAAUGGAAAGUAACUUGUACUUGAGUAAAUUAUUAACCAGGUACUUUUUACUUUUACUUGAGUAGGUUUCUGAAAUAGUAAUUUUACUUCUACUUGAGUCAUUUUUUAUGGCAGUAAUUGUACUUUUACUUGAGUACAGAUUUACAGUACUCUACCCACCCCUGUAUAUAUAUGUGUGUGUGUAUAUAUAUAUAUAUAUAAACUCUGCUGGUUUUCUACCUCUAAAUAAAUACAUUAAUUAAUACAUGUAUAUAAUAGAGAUGGGGUAAUAGUCUCUGAUGUGACUGGUCAUGAUGUGACUCGAUCACGACCCAGUCGGGCUCUCUCGGACACGUCCAGGUCCGUCUGUGUUUGCUGGGACAGAUUAGCCCCGGGCCACUGCGUCCUACAAAACUCCAGGAUGCUGCGAUCACAAGAACUGACACAAAUUCAGCCAAUCCCCCUGAAUUCUGCACAACCUCACCACUUUGUCAAAACAGGAACAACCUCCUUUUACUGUCGAGCUGCUGCUGUGUUAGCUCGUGCUAACCAGGCAGAGAGAGCAGGAGGACAGUGAUCCAAAGCGAUGGUCCUGCAGCACUGCAUCAAAGCUGCAUUUCAGCUCCCCCCAUCACAAACAGAUUGUAAUUCUGCGGGAAACACCAGAGGCUCAUAGAAACAGGCAUCAAACUAUAUUUGCAAUAAUCACUUGGCCCCAAAACUUUACUGCAAAAAAAACGGCUCUGAACUCAAAACAUGAGCUGCAGCUUUUACGAAGCGCUGAAAUCAGACAUUUCAAAAACAGCCCAUGAAAUAUGGAGGAGCUGAUAAAAAGACCUCUUCAGUGUCACAGAUGUUGAGGUGACGACAGGAACUUUAUUUUCAACUUGAGGUUUUUUGUGUUUGUCUUAUUUAGUGUGCCGGGGAAGCACAAGGCAACAGUGCUUAUUAUGCGUCCGUCCUCUUCUGCUUCACCUUCUGUCUGGACUCUCGCUGCACUACUCGUCUCGUACUGUCGCCAACACAAGGACAAAAAGACAAAAGUACAUCAACACAUGCAGAAUAAUCAGGGACAGUGUGCUAUGACUUUAAUCCCCCCGGCCAUUUCCACAACAAUCUAAAAAAAAACACCGCCUCUCUACACAAUCCUUGUAACCGACGCAGACGUGCAGUGGAGCGUUUCAGACGCUCCCAGGAACUAAUGUAAAUACACCCCUUGUCUCUGUUGGAUGAAGCUGCGCUGCACAGAUCAGUUCUCUUGCUAACAGAAACUGUACAUGAAAUAUAAAUACAGCGAAUGGAUGUAUUUUUAACAGCUAAAUAUCUUCAUAAGGAUUACUGAUGGUAAAACCUCUGCAGCAACAAAACCGGGUUGCAGACGGACCUCAGAGAGCUGAAUCGUCCUUCUCGACUCUCUUACAUCAACAUGGCAGCAAAGAGAACUGAAACAGGGACUAAUUCAUCACGUACGGCGUCUAGCUUUAGUGGAUCAUAACAUAUCAGGUUUGGAAUUAAUCUGCAGAUGCUCCGGUUCAAAAUGAGACCAAACUUUUCUAUGGACGUCAGUUUUUGAACCACAACAAAAAACAAACCAAAACAUGAGGCUAACAGCUCCAGUAGUUUGUGAGACCAGCUGCAGACAGAUUCACAUGCACACAAACCCAAAGGUUAAAGACGUGAGCUUGUGAGGUCAUCGUGGGUUCAGCUGCCGGACAGGGACGAUAAAAGUGGUGAAUAAAAAGUGAUAAAGCGGCGCUCGUUACCACCGCUGAGCCUCUCCAGUCCUCCUCAGCAGCAUGUGGAGCUGAAACAGUGACACUGGCAUCACAGAUCAAAGAUAGCACUGAAAAAGGAAACGCUGGUGCUGAAAAAAGGCAUUCAAAUUGUUUUAUUAUAAUUAUUUUAAAAAUUUUUGCAUUCUUAAGUUUUUCAAGACAAUCGUCCGUCUUAACUGUUUUUUUCACUGACAGUUUUGUUUUUGUUUUGUUUUUUUAAAUUAUGAGACAAAAUAAAAAAAAAUAAAAAAUAAAAAAAGUAAAAUAAAUAAUUCCAAAGAUGGCUUCUGUCACUUCAGGUAGUUCUUUUCAAGCUAUUUAAUUUUUCUGAUAUGUUUGGUUUUAAUUUGUUAUUUGAUGUCAUUUAAAAAAAAAGAAAAAGGGAGAAACUGAGGUCAUGAUUGACAGCUGUGUGUACCAACCGGUGUGCUCGCUGUCUGUGGCGCUGCUCAGGAUUUAGUCGGACAGUGUGUGGGCGGGAACUUGAUACUGGCAGACUUUGACUCCAAGUGAUGUCAGUAGCUCAAGAUGGCAGUGGUCGUAUCUGAAUAUAUAUAUACCUACAUACAUACAUACACACAUACAUACAUAUGUAUGUAUGUAUAUAUGUAUGUAUGUAGGUAUGUAUGUAUGUAGGUAUGUGGUCUCACUCUGAAGUCAUCGAAUACUGGCGCUUGGUCCGUGACUUCAGGCGUCAGACAGCGAUGAUGAUGAUACGCAGCUGGUCAGUGUGUAACAGCACCUGACAGCGUCAGAGGGGAAACACAGCAGGACAACAACAAAAGUUAAGGCAGUGGAAAUAUAUAUAUAAUAAAAUUAUGUAAAAUUAAUAAAUAAAGAUAAGAAGUAAAAUUUUAGUGGUUAUUAGAAAAUUGUUUUCAAAAUUCUAUUUAUUUUAAUUUCGAUGCUAAAACAGAUCAGACUGGUUAUACUGGGCAGCUCCUGUGUGUGUGUGUGUGUGUGUGUGUGUGUGUGUGUGUGUGUGUGUGUGUGUGUGUGUGUGUCCUGCAGCCAGCAGGGGGCGCCACCACCACACAGAUAUCUGAACACAAAGUUUCACUGAUCGUCGUCUGUUCUUUGAUUCAACUAAAAUGUUGAAGAGAUUCAGGUUUAAGAUGAUUUUAAGUGUGUGGAACAAACUGCAUGUUGAAAAUCUGUUUUAUAACUCAGACAGUUUCUUGCUCUGAUGAUGUCAUGUACUCAGUUUGAUUUCUCUGUGGCUGUGAUGUCAUAUUCAUGUGAAACAUCUUGUAACUAUAGAAAUAAAGUUUAUGUGUUUAAUUCCA